AUGUUCCAGAGUCUGCCAACCAGUCGACCGAUCAAUCUGACAACCGAUAGACCAACCGAUCGACCGAUCAAUCUGGCAGCCAAUCGCCCGAUCAGUCUGCCAACCAAUCGACCAACCGAUCGACCGAUCAAUCUGGCAACCGAUCGAGCGAUCAAUCUGGCAACCGAUCGACCGAUUAGUCUGCCAACCGAUCGACCGAUCAAUCUGGCAACCGAUCGAGCGAUCAAUCUGGCAACCGAUCGACCGAUUAGUCUGCCAACCGAUCGACCGAUCAAUCUGGCAACCAAUCGACCGAUUAGUCUGCCAACCGAUCGACCGAUUAGUCUGCCAACGGAUCCACCGAUUAGUCUGCUAACCAGUCGACCAAGAAGUCUGCUAACCAGUCAGCCAACCUAUCGACCAACCAGUAAACCAAACAAUCGACCAACAAGUCUGGUUUAUAAACUAUUUAAGUAG